AUGUCUUUGCUGGAAGUAAUUACUAAAGCUUCAUCCACUGUCCUGACCCACCCCGACCCAGAUUCCAACUACCCCAUUUUGUUCAACACGGACCCUAUUCUCCUCAAACUAAAGCCUGAAACCGAUGAACCGAAAGAAGAAAACCGUAUUAAACGGGUUACAGGAUGGGAAAUAUCGCAAACAGAUGCUGAAAUAAUCGAAGCAGGGCAAAAAAUUUUCAAGAAGUUGAAAAGAAAGUUGAAAAACACCAACACGUUUAGUAAAGACGAAUUCUUGGGUAUGUUUACUUCUUACUUGGAGAAAAUUGGGGAGAAAGUUGGGAUUUCCGUAGGUGUUGAUAAGUCAGACGAAGGGUAUCCUCGUACGUUGGUUGAGAAGUUAGGGUUUUUCAUAGGUAGGGAUGUGAAGAGCUUAAUUUUAGAGGCUUGUGUUGCUUUGGAGGUUUGGGAUACUUUAGAGAGUUUGAUAAUUAAUGGGUUUAUUGAACAUUUGUGUAUAUCCAAUCUGGUUCACAAUUUGAUAGAAAAACGGAGGUCGGAUUUAGUUGUUUUGUGUGUGAAGCAUUUAUCUGAUCUCCAGACAUAUGAUUUGAUUUGCAUUUUGAAGUAUUUUUUAUUGCCGCCUCGGGAUGGAUAUAAGAGUCUGGUUAGCGUGAGGAAGGAGUGGGAGAACCAAGCAUUGUUAGCCUUCGAGAAGGUGAGUGAUAGGGGACUUGGUGGGAAACAAAACAGUUUGGCGAGGGAGGCCUCGUUUUUGCUCAUGGUGGCGCAUGAUGAAUUCACUGUGUCGGAAUUGUGUUUGCAUUAUUUGCUUGCAUCUCGUGAUCUUGACGAGGUGAUAUUUUCAGCUUGUGUUAGUAAGUUGAAUGGUGAGGAGAUGAUGGCUUUGAUUAAAUAUUUGGGGAAGUGGCUCAGGAAAUAUGAGAGAUUCCCUCAAGUGGCUCCUUGUCCUAAAGCAUCAUCUAUGUUGGGGUUGAAGGCAUGCGAUUGGGUUCCGGCUCUUGAAAGCAUUGUGAAAUGUCUUGGAUUCGUUUUAGACGAGCUUUUCUCUUCUUUGGUUUUGCAUUCAGAGUUUCAUGAUGAGUUGAGAUCUUUAGAGGAAGUGGUUAGUUCAUUAGCUGCUGAAGCACGACUUUGUGGUACUUUGGCAAAUUUGACUGAAAGAUUGAGAGGCGACCACCAGGGUAUGUAA